UUAUUCCAGCUCUCUGACCAUCCCAACAUGAGCCGCCAAUUUACCUGCAAGUCCGGAACUGCCACCAAGGGGGGCUUCAGUGGCUGCUCGGCCGUGCUCUCUGGGGGCAGCUUGUCCUCCUGCCGGGCAGGGGGCAAAGGGCUUAGUGGGGGCUUCGGCAGUCAGAGCCUCUACAGCCUGGGGGGCGGCCGGAGCAUCUCCCUCAAUGUGGUCGGUGGCAGUGGUCUUACAGGGGGCUAUGGAUUUGGCCGGGGCUGGGUCAGCGGCUUUGCGGGCAGCAUGUUUGGCAGUGUGGCCCUGGGGCCUGUGUGCCAGAACGUGUACCCUCCAAGGGGCAUCCAUCAGGUCACAGUCAACAAGAGCCUUUUGGCCCCCCUCAACAUGGAGCUGGACCCUGAGAUCCAGAAAGUGCGCUCUCAGGAGCGGGAGCAGAUCAAGGCACUGAACAACAAAUUUGCCUCCUUCAUUGACAAGGUGCGGUUCCUGGAGCAGCAGAACCAGGUGCUGGAAACCAAGUGGGAGCUGCUGCAGCAGCUGGACCUGAACAACUGCAAGAAUAAGCUGGAGCCCAUCCUGGAGGGCUACAUUGGCAACCUGCAGAAGCAGCUGGAGACACUGUCUGGAGACAGGAUGAGGCUGGACUCAGAGCUGAGGAACAUGCGGGAUGUGGUGGAGGACUACAAGAAGAGGUAUGAGGAUGAAAUAAACAAGCGCGCAACGGCUGAGAAUGAAUUCGUGGUGCUCAAGAAGGAUGUAGAUGCUGCUUACAUGAACAAGGUGGAGCUGCAGGCCAAGGUGGAUGCCCUGGAUGGAGAAAUCGAGUUCUUCAAGUGCCUGUAUGAGGCGGAGAUUGCUCAGAUCCAGUCCCACAUCAGUGACACGUCUGUCAUCCUGUCCAUAGACAACAACCGCAACUUGGACCUGGACAGCAUCAUUGCCAAGGUUCGCAUACAGUAUGAGGAGAUCGCCCUGAAGAGCAAGGCUGAGGCCGAGACCCUGUACCAGACCAAGUUCCAGGAGCUCCAGCUGGCUGCCGGGCGGCAUGGGGAUGACCUCAAACACACCAGGAACAAGAUCUCAGAGAUGACCUGUCUCAUCCAAAGACUGCGUUCGGAGAUCGAGAGCAUGAAGAAGCAGUGCUCCAACCUGGAGACAGCUAUUGCCGAUGCCGAGCAGCGGGGGGAUUGUGCCCUGAAGGAUGCCCGGGCCAAGCUGGACGAGCUACAGGCUGCCCUGCACCAGGCCAAGGAAGAGCUAGCCCGGAUGCUGCGCGAGUACCAGGAGCUGAUGAGUGUGAAGCUGGCCCUGGACAUCGAGAUUGCCACUUACCGCAAGCUGCUGGAGGGCGAGGAGUGCAGGAUGUCUGGAGAGUACACCAACCCUGUGAGCAUUUCGGUCAUUAGCAGCUCCACAGCCGGGACCUCAAGCACAGGGGCCAGCUUUGGGUUCAGUGGUGCUGGCAUCUAUGGCUACCGACACAGCUCUGUAGGUGGUGGCUACGGCAUGCUGUCUGGGGGCUGUGUCACUGGCAGUGGGAACUGCAGCCCCUGUGGGGAAGCCAGGACCAGGCUGGGAAGUGCAAGUGAAUUCAAGGAUCCCCUGGGAAAGACAUCAGCUCUCAGCUCACUCACAAAGAAAACCAUGAGAUAA